AUGGCUUCAGAUCAGGAUUUGUCAACCUCCUUCAUUCCGGCCUUGUAUAAACCAGCAGCACUUUUACCCAUUGCACGUCACAAAGCAAGCCUCCUGUACCUGGUUGAGACAUACCCGGUCACCAUAGUGGUUGGUCAAACCGGAAGCGGGAAAACAACUCAACUCCCCCAAUAUCUCGAUCAAGCAGGCUGGUGCGAGGAUGGAAAAGUCAUCGCCGUUACUCAGCCUCGACGAGUGGCUGCCACUACGGUUGCUACGAGAGUUGCAGAGGAGAUGCGCUGCAAGGUCGGAGAGGAAGUAGGUUACUCAAUUCGGUUUGAGGAUUUGACCUCUGCUGCAACCAGGGUGAAGUUCCUCACGGAUGGAAUGCUGCUUCGAGAAGCCUUGGUAGAUCCUCUAUUAUCCCGGUACUCCGUGAUUAUGGUCGAUGAGGCUCAUGAGAGAUCCCUGAGCACCGACGUCCUCCUUGGAGUCCUAAAAAAAAUCAUGAAGAAACGUCCUGAGCUUCGUAUUAUCAUCAGCAGUGCAACAUUGCAAGCAGAGGACUUUCUCAAAUUUUUUGCUGGGGAAGAGUACCAACCCGACGCAGAGCCUGCUGAUCUUGGUGGGAAAGUUGGGAGAAUUAUCAGCAUAGAAGGCCGGAUGUAUCCUGUGGACACAUUAUUCCUUGAAACCCCAGCAGAGGACUACGUUGAGAGGGCCGUCAAAACGGUGUUUGAUAUUCACACACAAGAAGCAGAAGGUGAUGUGCUUGUUUUCUUGACAGGCAGGGAAGAGAUCGACCGGGCAAUUCAAUUAAUAUCUGAACGAGCCGCAUCUCUUCAUCCAAAAUCUCCUUCUUUGCUUUCAUUGCCGUUGUAUGCUGGUCUUACUACGGAACAGCAAAUGUACGUCUUUGAGCCGGCGCCGGAAAACACACGAAAGGUGAUUGUGUCAACCAAUAUUGCGGAAGCCUCAGUCACGAUUGACGGAAUCGUGUAUGUUAUUGAUUGUGGCUUCGCCAAACUCCGGGCUUAUAAUCCCAGCAGUGGGAUUGAAACCCUGACAGCGGUGCCAAUUUCUAAGGCCUCCGCUACUCAGCGGGCCGGUCGAGCGGGGAGAACGAGACCCGGUAAAUGCUUCCGCCUCUACACGCAACAGACCUAUGAGCAACUGCCUGAAGCGACUAUUCCUGAAAUUCAGCGAGCAAACCUUGCCCCUAUCGUCAUGCAACUAAAAGCAUUGGGUAUCGAUAAUAUUGUUCGAUUUGACUUUUUGACAUCACCACCUGCGGAACUGGUAAUCCGGGCCUUUGAGCUAUUGUUUUCCCUUGGUGCAGUUGAUGAUUAUGCCAAACUCACCAAGCCACUGGGUAUGCGGAUGGCAGAGCUUGCGGUAGACCCCAUGAUGGCCAAAGUUUUACUUGCUGCGCCUGCAUUCAAAUGCUUGGGUGAGAUUCUUUCUAUUGCAGCCAUGGUCAGUUUGCAGGGCACUGUUUGGGUGCAACAUAGCGAUAAUAAGAAGGCUGCGGAGAGCCAUCGACGCAAGUUCGCCGUUGAAGAAGGUGAUCAUCUCACCUACUUGAAUGUAUAUCAAGCAUUCGUGACCAAAGGCAAAAAGGAUUCGAAGUGGUGUCGUGACAACUUGUUGAACUACCGGGCUCUACUACGGGCAGUCAGUGUCCGUGGCCAAUUGAAACGGUAUCUCGAACGCUUCGGCAUCCAGGUUGACGAGACUCUAUCAUCUCACCAGCAGACCGCAAGCGGAAUGCCAGAGCAAAUUCAGCGGUGUCUUACAACUGGCUACUUUGCCCAUGCCGCCAAGAUGCAGCCAGACGGCACCUUCAAGACCGUCAGCGGAGGUCUUACUCUCCAUGCUCACCCUAGUUCUUUGAUGUUUAAUCGAAAAGCAGAUUGGGUGAUUUUCCAUGAAAUCAUGCAAACAGGUGACAAAACGUACAUCCGUGACAUCACAAAAAUCGAGAAAGGCUAUCUCUUGGAAUAUGCACCGGAAUAUUACCGGGUGACCUAG